AUGCCAUUUUCAUUGACUUGCUGUACCACCAAGCCGCCCCACUGCGGGAGCGAUUGCCGCCAUCUGGCACGCAAUCGAGGCCUCAAAUUACAAAUGCGCCACAGAGGCCCUCUUCUUUUCUUUACACGCUAUACACACUCUCCUCUGUGUCUAAAUACUUUCCUUUCCUUCCAAGCAAUGGCUUCCCAGACUCUCUCAGCCGCCACCUCUGGCCUCCUUUUCGGCGCCGCCCUUUCCGCAGCGGGCGUCGCCUCCCCAUCCAUCAUCAUCUCCCAGCUCCGCCUCGAGAACUUCCACAUGCUCGAGGUCUUCCUGACCGCCACAGCAGGCAGCGCUCUUAUAAUCCACCUCACCAAGCGCGCCGCCCUCGCCCCCUGCCCGCCCCGCUCCCCCGCUGCCUGGGGCUACUUCCCCUACGAUGGCAACAUCGCCGGCUGCCUCCUCCUUGGCGCCGGCAUGGCGCUCACCGGCUCCUGCCCCGGCACCGUCCUCGUCCAAGUCGGGAUGGGUCUGCGCUCGGGCUUCGCCGUACUCGCCGGCUCUCUGGUCGGGGGCGCGUUGUUCGUUGGGUACUCUGCGGGGUUCCGACGCGCGACGCCGGCAGCUGUGAAGGGCGAAGAGAAGCCGAAGCUUACGAUCCCGCAACGCUGUGGUGUUGUGCACUUUCCGGCCGUGCUAGUGUAUCAAGCCAUUUGCCUGUCGGUUGUCGGUGCGGCAUUGCGCUAUCUACCUGAUGAGCAGGGCAAGCUACUAAAUCCCCUCAUUGGCGGCUCACUGAUGGCCCUGGCUCAACUGUCGUCCCUUCUUUUGACAACGAACACCCUCGGUGUGUCCUCCGCCUACGAAUCGUUUGGAAAACUAUUCUGGCGCGCUGUCAUGCCCUCUUCGUCCCCAUGGCCUUCCAUCUCACCCCUUAUCUUUGGAGCAGGCGUGGCAGGCGGUAGUGCGGCAUUCUGGCGCCUCUCGGGUACCUUCCCCGCCAAGGGAGUUGAAGUGGGCGAUGCAGCAGCUGUGGCGGGUGGUGUGCUGAUGGCUAUUGGGUCAAGGGUGGCUGGGGGGUGCACGAGUGGGCAUGGUAUUAGUGGGAUGGCUGGCCUGAGCGUGGCUAGUUUCGUGAGUGUCGUUGCAAUGUUUGGGGGAGGUAUUGCGGUGGCUCUUGGGGGAAAGUUUUUGGAAUUCUAGAGUGGACGGUGGUGCAUGGGGUGGCGUUCAGGGCAUGGACAGAUACUCUGUACUUGUGGCGACGAUACCCUCCGUUUCUGUAGCUAUUAAUUUGCUGUGUGGUAGCUAGCUGGGAUUUACAGCAGUCAAGAAGUUAUAUCCAAAUCUGAUAUCCGAUCUGAG